AUGCCCAAGAAGAAGUCCAAGAAGCAGAAAGAAGAGGAGAAAAGGAAGGCUGAAGAGGAAAGACUUAGAGAUGAGGAGGAAAGGAAAAGGAAAGAGGAAGAAGAUAGGAUUAGGAGAGAGUUGGAGGAGAAGUUGAGGCAAGAAGAGCUAGCGAGGCUUCAAGAGGAGCAACCAAAGGUUAUAGAGAGGAGUAAUGCUAUUUCAAGACUUACGAUGGAGUCUGAAGAAAUGAAGGAGGAAGGAGAUGAGUGGGAUAAGCAUAUUGCCUGCGAUCCCCUACCAGAUCCGGAGAAUGAGCGAGAACUAUCUUCUUUCCUUACUUUAUGGGAAGAAAGUAAGGAUAAAGACUUAAAUGAAUGCAUUAAAAACUGUAAAACUGCUGAACUUGUUAUUCAUAAACUAUUAACUCUUCAUUUUGAUGCAAUGGCAGAGUUUAGGACUGAAAACAUUAUUUGGUGAGCGAAUUACAUCAAUAAGCUGAAGCAAAUGUGAAAAUUUAAAUUUGACCAGAUUACUCAAAACAUCAUGGAGAAAAUUGAAGUAUAUCUGUUGUACACUGAAGAAGAAAAGAAGAAAAUGACAAGCAAAAAGAUUGAAAACAUCAGAGACCAAUUUGAGCUUGAAGCUAAUAAUGAAUACUUCAAGAUGGGAAUCAGAGGAAACCAUUCUAAUUUCUCUGGGACUGAGAUGCUUAAGCAUGAAUCUUUAGGCAUCAGUAACGAAGUUCCUAGAAUCUUCUGUAAACAGUUUAACCUCCAGAGAUCAGUUUGGGUUUCUAAUGAUAUUACUGCAUCUGAGCAAAGCCCCUACCUUGCAGUAGGAGGAGUUUUGAACAUAGAAAUCUUUCCCUUACCUGAAAUGCCAAAGAAACACAGAAGUUGGAUUAUUAGGAACAUUCAAGAUAUGGAGGAUACUUUGAAAAAGAAGAAUUUCCCGGAUUCAGCUGGAAACAUUGAACCUAUCACUGUCGCAUUCACAAUUCCAGAAUACGUUUGGAUUGACGAAGGUAGAGAAGAUGUUGAAGUAGGAUGGUGGAAUGAAGAAGCCAAAGAAUGGCAACUCGAGAAUCUUGAAGAGGUCAAAAUUAACAAAACCACCAGAGAGGUUUCUUUCAAAACUCUCCAACUAGCCCCAUUUGCGUAUCUCCAGCCAAGAUGUACUGAUUUCCCAUAUGCUUCAUGGAAGUUAAGAUGAAUUCAGCCAGAUGUAGCCUUGUUAGAUAUUCAAACAAAGAGAAUCAACCUAGUUUUCGAAAUUGGUGCGGAUUAUUGUAAACUCAUUGAGCAAAAAGAGCCGGAAUUACAAAGACUAGUUGACAAGGACAUGUCCCCAGGCAUCCUUCUCAAUGAAUUAAUGAACUCAGGAAUCCUCCUUGUUCCAAAUGAUGAAGAUUUUAAGCUUGCAGGCUUAGCUAAAAAGGACAAGAAUGCUGAAGAAAGAGCAAUUUGGGAUGUCGUUUCCUCAGUUAAUGCCUAUGCAUUCAGAUCAGCAAAGUGGAACCGUAACCCAUCCUUAAAAGAUAACAUUGUUGUUAAGAUCAGAGAAAACCUAGAAUAUGAUAGAGAGUUCUUCGAAGAUUAUGAACCAGACUGGAGAUACAUCAUGUGGUGGAGAAAUAAAUGCAGCUUCGCUGAUUGCAUUGAUACUGAUGAAAACUAUGACAGGAAAGUCAAUAUUCCUGAAGGGAAUGAGACCCACGUCUUGCUUAGCUUAACCCUUCAGAAUAAUGCAAGUGAAGAAGCACUUGAAAGAUGUAACAACUACACUCAUAUCAGAUUUAUCCAGACAUUGAAGAAGUUCUUGAGGAUAUUGAGACUUCUUGCUUUUAGUUAA